AUGGAGACUGGCACCGACAAAGGCUCGGCAGACGCCAUCCUCGAGCAUCUAGGCUAUACUCCGGAACUCUCCCGCAAUCGUUCAGUCCUGCAGGUCGCCUUUAUGUGCUUUAUCCUCUCCUCCGUCCCCUACGGUCUGGCUACCACCUUCUUCUACCCACUCGCCGCAGGAGGCCCGUCCACCAUCGUCUGGGGCUGGAUUAUCGUCUCCCUCGUUGUCCUGUGUGUAGCCAUCUCGCUGGCCGAGAUCACCUCCGUCUAUCCCACUGCCGGUGGCGUCUACUACCAAACCUUUGCCCUAUCGCCCCCCUGGUGCCGUCGCGCCGCCGCCUGGAUCUGUGGAUGGGCCUAUGUCCUCGGCAAUAUCACCAUUACCCUGGCUGUAAACUUUGGGACUACCCUGUUCUUUGUCGCCUGUCUCAAUGUCUUCGAAUCCGCGCCCGGUGUCGGGAUUGUAGAUGACAUGCAGACCUACCAGAUCUACCUCAUCUUCCUCGCCAUCACCCUGUUGACCCAUGCGAUCUCUUCCCUAGGCAACAAAUGGCUCCCCAUUCUGGAGACUUCGGCCAUCUUCUUGACCCUGAUCGGCCUGAUUGCCCUGAUCAUCAGCGUCCUUGUUGUCGCCAAACAUGGUCGACACUCUGGUAAGUGGGUAUUCACCGACUUUGAGCCCCAGUCUGGCUGGCCCGAUGGCUGGUCUUUCUGUAUCGGUUUGUUGCAGGCCGCAUACGCCACCUCGGCUACUGGAAUGAUCAUCUCUAUGUGUGAGGAAGUCCGUGAGCCUGCUAUUCAGGUGCCCAAAGCCAUGGUGGGGACCAUCGUGCUGAACUUCGUUGCCGGUUUGGGCUUCUUGCUGCCGCUGACCUUUGUCCUGCCCGAUAUCACGAUGCUGGUGAGCCUGGCCUCUGGUCAGCCCACCCCCGUGAUUCUGAAAGAUGCGCUUGGCAGCUCGACCGGAGCCUUUCUGCUGCUCCUCCCUCUGCUCAUUCUCGGCAUCAUCUGCGGUGUGGGAUGUGUGACGGCCGCCUCCCGCUGCACCUGGGCGUUUGCGCGCGACGGCGGUAUCCCCGGUUCCAAGUGGUGGAAGACCGUCAACGCGAAGCUGGACAUCCCUCUCAACGCGAUGAUGCUGGGAAUGACGGUGGAGAUUGCGCUCGGUGCCAUCUACUUUGGUUCCACCGCCGCGUUCAACGCCUUCUCCGGUGUUGGUGUGAUUUUCCUGACGCUCAGCUACGCUUGCCCCAUCGCGGUCUCGUUCUUCUUCCGUCGUCGCUCGGAUAUCGCUAACGCCAGAUUCAACCUGGGUAUCAUCGGCAGUAUCUGCAAUGUGGUUGCUCUGGCAUGGAGUCUUCUGGCGAUCCCUCUAUUCUGCAUGCCUACGUACAAGGUCGUCACCCUCGAGACCAUGAACUACGCCUGUGUCGUCUUCGUCGGGUUCACGACCAUUGCUGCGCUCUGGUACUUGGUCUGGGGCUACCGCAACUAUGAUGGUCCCCCCAAGGAGGGUAUCGAUGGGGUGGAGGCCGAUUUCCCCGAUCUGCCCGCAAAGACUGGGUAA